AUGUCGGUAUCGAAAUAUCCACAUGAGAAUAUGACUCUGCAGCCGCAGCAGAAGAGCGCUUGGUUUGAGUUUGUUAAGUCAAUUGUAACAUUCAAAGGCGACUUAUCAUCUCUUACUGCACCGCCCUUCCUCCUCUCUCCUCAAUCCGUGACCGAAUUCUCCGGAUAUUGGGCAGAACACCCAUCUCUGUUCGUUGCUCCAGCCAGCGCAUCCGAUCCUGAAAAGCGCGCGCUGUUGGUAUUGAAGUGGUUCCUCAGUACAUUGAAGCAACAGCAUAAUCCCAGAGAUGAGGAAGGGAAGAAGAAGCGUCUGAAGCCGCUGAAUCCUUUCUUGGGGGAGUUAUUCCUUGGGAAAUGGGAGGAUGGAUCAGGGACAACAAAUCUUGUUGCUGAGCAAGUCAGUCAUCAUCCCCCAGCGACCGCCUUCAACGUUUGGAAUGAUGAACAUGGAGUUAGGCUGCAAGGACACAUUGCUCCCAAGUCCUACUUCUCUGGCACAGUAAACAUUGACCGCAAAGGGUAUGCCCUUCUUCAUCUCGACAAGUAUGAUGAAGAUUAUCUCAUUACCAUGCCUAAAAUUCACGUCGAAGGUUUCAUGACCGGCUCUCUCUUCCCCGAACUCGAAGGAUCUAGUUAUAUCCGGAGCUCGACUGGAUAUACUGCGAAAAUCGAUUAUAUUUCCAAAGGCUGGUUAAGUGGUAGGCGGAAUGGUUUUGUCGCCAACUUGUUCCAUGAUAAGAAUCCCGAGGACGCCGUAUACACAGCCGAAGGACAAUGGAGUGGGACAUACGUGAUUAAGGAGAUCAUUACACAAAGAGAACUUGAGAAAUUUGACAUCAACGCAGUCAAAAGGACACCUUGUUCAGUCUCUCCAAUUGAGAAGCAACAUCCACUUGAAUCGCGCAGGGCAUGGCAACACGUUGCGGCGGCUAUUCAAAGAGGAGAUAUCAGGGCUGCUGGUCACGAGAAGUCGAAGAUCGAAAACGAGCAACGAGAAAUGCGCAAGAUAGAGAAGUCCCUCGGAGAAGAAUAUCCCCGGCGAUAUUUUACUCGGGUAGAAGGGGAUCCCGUUGUUGAGGAGCUGGCUGGGGGGAUACCGGGACAGACCUCAAUAAAGGGGGAUUUCGACGGGACCCACGGUCUUUGGGUGUGGGAUGAGGCAAAGUAUCAGAAGGUUCUGUCGAAUAAUCUUCAUGAAAGACAGAAGUUCUACGAAGGUGAAAAUUGA